UAGCUGCGCAUGCGCAGGGCGGCACAGCGCUGACCGCGCAUGCGCAGACGCCGGGAGCAGCCGGUGGUGAAGCGGCGGCGGCGGCAUGCAGGCGGCCCUGGAGAUCACGGCACGCUACUGCCGUAACGAGAUGGAGGAGUAUGGCCGGUGCGUGGCCGCCAGCCCGGCCUCCUGGCAGCGCGACUGUCACCGUCUGCGCCUCAGCAUGUCCCGCUGCGCCGCCGCGCACCCCAUCGUGCAGCAGAUCCGGCAGGACUGCGCCGAGCCCUUCGCUGCCUUCGAGCAGUGCCUGAAGGAGAACCAAGCCUCUGUCAUGAACUGCAGCGACCACGUCAACGCCUUCCUGCUCUGUGCGGACCAGGUGAAGCUCUCCACGUGAGGGGAGCCUUGGAAUUAAAAUUCAUCCUCGGGAGCGAAUGAAAAGUCUUUCUGUACUCUGGACUAUCGUUCCAAUGCGUGGUUGGGUUGGUUUUUCCCCUCCGAAAGACGAAGCGCAGCCCUGCGAUGUGCUUCUCUUGGUUCUGGUCGCGCUACGCUUGUCUUCAGUGGGCAGCAGGACUCUGACCAGGACGUCAGAGCGUUCCUCAUCCGUCGGCACUUGCGUGCUGCUAACGCUGGGUUUUGUCUGCCGAGUUGCCUCUUUAUAAGUAAAUAAAUUACAGAACUGUGGUGAAGUGACACCAAAGGAUCACCAGCAACCUCCAGAUGUGCUUGAAUAAGAACCGAAAGCUAAAAUCAGCCCUUGCCUCUUUUUCUGCGGUCUGUAUUCUUCAGCAGUUCCUUUGAUAAUUAAGCACCUUAUUUUCCUUCGUCCCAAUAAAAAAAACAAACCACUUUUCAA